UGCAUUAAAAUAAAAAAUAAAAAAGUAACUAAGAUUUCUAAUUAUAUAAAAUAAAAAUUAAAAAUCAAUGAUUCAAUACGAGGAAGAAUUGAAGAAAAUUGAAAAUUUAUGUGUUAGAAAUCUAAUGCUGCCAAGUUUACUUUUUAAUUUUAAACAAAAUAAUGAUGUUUGCUUGCAGUAGACACACAUUUUAUCUUUCAAUUUUAUUAAUUUGACAAUGGACAUAAGUUUAUCAGUAAGUUUUGCCAUUUUUGUUUCUUACGUUAACUUACAUCCCUUUAUUUAAACUUGCAGCAAAUCUACAAAAGAUAGAAUAAAAACUCUAGCCCCCCUCCCUCCCGAUUUACUAAACAACAACUUGUUUCGAAUUAUUAACCAAUGUUAGGGAUAUUUAUAUAUAUUAUACGCAUAAUUAUGUAAUCAUUCUGGACUAAUGUCAAAAUUAAAUAUAUAUAUAUAUUUUUUUUUUUAAUACCCAAAUCAUGACUUCAGCGUCUUGUAUUCUCUGUAGUACUGUAUUCUAACAAAAAGACAAAAAAAAUAUUAGAAUAUAUAUUUGUUAAGUUAAUAUCAAAUUUUAUUAUCUAUUUAUAAAGCGACCUACCCCCUUUCUCCCUAAUCAAAGAUAGCACCUAGUCCGAUCCCGAGUUAAAGCAAUUCAAUUUGUUAACUCGAUACUGGACCGACAGACGUACGACUUGAAACAGAUUAUAACAGGCCUAUCGGCAAUUACAUUUUCGAGGCAUAAAAAGUUCGUUCGACCCGAGGCACUUACCCUCUCUAUUGCGUGCCUACAAGAAUAAUAAGUCUCGUUACGUCCUUCCCUGUCUUACCUGCCCUCUUUCGAAGUAUUCUUCCAACCCUAAUAAUAAAGUUUAAAUCCCACAAGGCUGGACGUAACAAAGGUAUAUAAAACCGACUGAAAAAUAUUCUAGCAAAAAACAUUUUCUCAUAUAGUCGGAAAACCAGCACUCUCCAUCAUACUGUUACACUGCAGGCUUUACGCGAUAGUAUGAUACUUAUUCUGUUAUAUAAUUAUCUUACUAACAUGACAGAAAAAUGUCUUCUUAAAAUACUGUUUUUGAAGAAGAAAAUAAAAGUGACAAUUUUAUAUUGACAGACAGAUAUACUAUACUAUCGAAGAAAUGAGAUAUUGAUACAAUUAUUGAUACUGCACGAUAUUGUGUUCUGCGACUUGGAUGUUUCUUGGGAUAUCUAUAUUUAAACAAUAGCAUGUUUUAUAUCAUUACGGUUUAGUACGUCCGAGAACAAAGUUACAUUAACUAUGUUAAAAAAUUUUCAGCGAGAGUAUAAUAUAAAUCGAAUAAUUUUAUCAACUUCGGGUCUCUGGCCGUUUCAAAACAAAUAUGUGAAAAAUUCAUUACUGAUUUUCUGCAUACUAGUGGAAAUAAGUACCUAUCCGUUUGAGGUACUUCUACUGUAUGAUCAUUGGGAUGACCCAAAAAUGAUUUUUGAUGGCUGUUUUCAAAUGGUUGCUGUGACUUCCUUUAUCGCAAAGAUAGUGCAUCAUAUUUGGCAUGAAGAUAAAUUGCAACAAUUAUGUAUAGCUAUUGAUAAACAUUGGGAUAUAUUUACAAACGAUGCGGACAUUAAAAUCAUGAAAUAUUACUCUACGCUAGCACAAAGAUUUACGAUACUUACCGCGACGUUAUUUUAUUCCAUAAUAUCGCUAAUGAUCGUAGUACCAUUAGUACCAGUAUUAUUAGAUAUUUUAAUGCCUCUUAACGAAUCACGUCCACGAUUCUUUGCGGUGGAAAUCGAAUUCAGAGUGAAUGAAGAGGAUUAUUUUCUACCAAUUCAUUGUUACAUUACUAUUAUAGUUGUAAUGGGUGUAAACAUUGCGUUGGGCUUUGACACAAUACAUAUCGUGUUCUCCGCUCAUGCGUGUAGUUUAUUUGCUACUGUCAGUAAACAUAUGAAGAAUAUAAUUCCCAAAGCAAACAAUAGCUGUAAAAUUCGCAAAAAUAAAUAUUAUAUAAAUAUAGAACUUGAUCCAUUAAAUGAGAAGAAAAUAUACCGAGAAUAUAUAAUAUGUCUAAAACACCAUCAACUUGCCAUAGAUUUUGUUAAUAUGUUGGAUUCAUCAUUCCGAGAAUAUUCAUUAUUUAUUUUAUUAUUGCUUCUUGCAAACAUAAGUCUGACUGGAAUUCGAAUACUUAAUGUGUUAGAUCAUAUGCCGGAGCUGAUAAAAUACACGCUCAUAUUCUUAGGAAUGGUAUCUGGCUUGAUGAUUAUAUGCUAUUCCGGUCAAAAAAUAUUGGACGAAAGUCAAAAUAUAUUUUAUCAAGCAUAUGCUGCAGAAUGGUACAAAUUCUCGCCUAGAUUAAAAUCUUUAUUAAUGAUAACUCUGUACAGAAGUAACGUAGCAUGUGGUUUGAAAGGAGGAAAUAUAGUUCCACUGUCUAUCCCAACUUAUGCAGCGGUAAUGAGAAUGGCCAUGUCUUACUUUACAGCGUUGUUAUCACUCCAAGGUUGAUUACUAAAUUUUUAUUUAUUUCUUUACUAAUUUAUCAGUGUCUAAAUUAUUGUUAAUAGAUUGUAAU